GCCUUUCCUGCAACAGCCGUCCUCACUCUCCUUGUGGUACCAUGAAGACCUCAACAGCUGUGCUGUCUACUGUCCUGCUGGCUGUGGCAUUGAGCUCUGAAAGCAUGGCCAAGACAAAGAAUGGGAGAAGUGGCUGCUGUGUGGUUCACACCAAAGCUUCUCAGCUGCGAAAGCUACCUGUGGAUCUCAUUAAGGAAUACAGGAUUCAAGAAGUCACUGGGAGCUGCAACAUUCCAGCUGUUGUGUUCAUCACAAGAAAUAAUCGGCUGAUCUGUGCCAACCCGAAAGCCAAGAAGGUUAAGCAAAUCCUUAAAGUCCUCAGAGGGAGGAAAAACAAGACUCAAGGACCCAGCCAGAGAAGAGUAAGACAGUAACAGCAUCUGUUUAGUGUCAGACUAUCAGUCUGAGGCUCACUGGGCCAGGACUUUUAUGCUGAAUUUUAGUGUUCAUACAUACAAUGACAAUGUGUGAAAUGACCGUAUGUUCUCACAUUCAUUACUUUUGCAUUUAGAAAAAACUUUUUUUGCAAAUAAUUGAAAAUGCUCCUUUUGUAUCUGUUGAGUAUCAUAUGAGUGCUUUAUUGCAGCACACUGCUUUACUCUUACAAGUGAGAUGAAGCAAGAACAUUUCUUUCAAUUCAGGAUCUGAAUGUGAUUUAGAGAAUGUGGUAAAUUCCGUACUGCUGCCGUGAUUUCUGUAUUUUUGCUUAUAGUUUUAUUUUAAAAGCUGUUCCACAGGAGCUGUUGAUAUCCUACUGUGAUGUCAGGCAAUACAAUGCACAGCCUUGUUACCAUUUUUGA